ACCGGUAUGCGACACAUACAGUACAGAAACUUGAAUGGAACACGAGCAAACAUGAUAUUGUGCAAUAUUUAUGAAUCUGCUCGUUGUUUGAUGCAUUUAGAUGAAGGGAUGCAUAAUUUACUUCAUGUCAUUGACGUUUAUUCGACGUCAUAUGGAGGCUUUUAAAGAGAUAAAUAAAGUUACUGUCUAGGUGUCUAACGGAGGAUCUACGACCUUUGGUGCUGCAAACAUUACCGUAUGUUGUGUCAAAGGUAUCAUUUCGUCAUCAGCAUUGAACAUUUGCUCAAGAUUUGUUCAACGGAUAUUUGGAAAUCUUCCGAAUUUCAUUCACAUGCCAUUAAAGUUUUCUGAAGGGCAACCAAUUAGGAAAUCUGAUUUGAUCUGAUCGGAGUUUAUCAUGUUGAAUACUGCAAGGUCCAUGAGCACUGAGAUGGGGAAAAGUCCAAUACUGUCUGUACAGCCCAGUCGAGGUCUGGUGGAUGAGAUGUUUCAGAUCGUCAUAAUGAAUUUAUUGCCAAAUCAGAAGGUGACGCUGCACUCUUUACAUCAGUCAGAGGAUAAGGAUUUCUGGGAGGCAUUUGGACACUACAUCAGUGAUGAACAUGGAACAGUGACAGUGUCCAAAGAUGAAAGUUUGGGAGGAACUUAUGAAGGGACAGAGCCGAUGGGGUUGCUGUGGAGCAUGAGGCCUGUACCAGGAAGUCGAAGUGGACUCAGGUUGCGCAAGAGGGAUGUGAUUUUACCAAUGGUGGUUCACAUUUCCUUAUACAGUGGUCAUUUAUCUGAAGGCUUCAGACAGCAAACAGCUUUGGCAACCAGUGUCACAGAACGCUGGUAUAUAGCACCAGGUGUGCAGAGGUUGGAUGUUAGAGAAAGAGGAGUUCGAGGAACAUUAUUUCUUCCUCCUGGCCCAGGACCUUAUCCAGGAGUGCUGGACCUGUGGGGUGGAGGUGGUGGUUUAGUUGAGUAUCGCUCAGCCCUGCUUGCAUCUCAUGGUUUUGCCUCAAUGGCACUAGAGUACCUGAAUCCCACUGAGCAGAGAACAGCAGAUAUUGAUGCCACUUAUUUUGAGGAAGCAUAUAAGAUCCUUCACAAUCAUCCAAAAGUACAAAGGGGUCCAAUGGCUAUGCUUGGAUUAUCAUUUGGAGGUGCAGUUACACUCAGCAUGGCGGCCUACUCCAAAAUCAUCAAGCCCCAGUGCUGUGUGUGCAUUAGUUCAAGUCAUGUGGGUCCUGUGGAUAAAUCUCUCUUUGACAUAUUUGAGGAUAUGAAAAAGAAUGCGCAUAAGAUACGUGUGAAUGAUGAUAACCAGAUAAUCCACAGAGACCUUAUCCUGCCGAUUCCGUCAGACCUGACUCUCAAAGUGGAUGUUGGGAAAAUAAAGUGUCCGCUUCUGUUAGUGAACGGGGAUGAUGAUGAGAACUGGCCUUCUGUUGAAUCUGCUGAAGAUAUGAAAGAGAUUAUGAAGAAAGCAGGAAAUCUUCACUUGUUGGAAGUCUUGACCUAUCCUGGUGCCGGUCAUCUGAUUGAACCUCCUUAUACACCUCACUUCCGUGCAAGCAACUUUAUCAUUCACGGCGGUGACAAAAUUGUGAUGCUAUGGGGUGGACAGACCAAACCGCACGCUAACGCACAAGAGGAUGCAUGGAAAAAGAUUUUGGCAUUUCUGCAGAAGCACCUCUAUUUAAGUUUAAAUGGUGCAGUUAAAGCCAGACUUUAGAUGUUUCAUUACAACACUGAUAAAAAUCUCCAAUGGACAGUAAUUUUAAAUGAUUUCGAGCACUUUAAUUUUGAGAAAAAUAUGUUAUUAUUAGCGCUGUUCAAUAUUAACAUAUUUAUGUGCAAAGCAAAUUAUUUUAUUUACAGUUGUCAAUGCAUUUAAAAUUAUUUUUGAGCUAACUGGAAUUGAUUGGAGCUGCAUCAUGCGCACACACACACAUACAUAUAUACAUGCAAACAUACUAGGAUGGUCCUUAUUAUGGGUCAAACUCUCAUCCCCUAAAUGUGUUAGGAUAUCAAUAGAAACACACUGUGCAAAAUUACAGAAUUGUUCCUACAAUAUCUAGAGGUUGCUCAAAGCCUUUGAAAAUUUCCGAAAUCACAUAUUUUUGCAAAAAUUAUUAUUUAAAAACGCACAACACACAUAAAACUUGCUUUUUGGAGGGUAACUUUGUUCCAGUUAUUUCAGUCUCUUCUGAUCCGAGUAACCAUACAGCGGACUUGCUUCGUGUUGCUUCAGUCAUUGUCUCAGUGUAUAUUGACUAUUGUGCUUCAUUCACAUUGAAGCUUUCUUGCUUUGAAAGACAUUAUCACAAAUAAAACAGGAGUUUUAAUUGCAUGGAGCAUGGUCAAAUUAUUCCAUUGCUGCCAUAAGUAUAUAUUAAUAUAUAUUAAGUAUACAUGCUAGCACAAAACACAAAGAAUGUGUUAAACUUCAAAAGAUCUUGAACAACCUUUAAAUAUUAAUUAAUAUUGAAAAAAUGUUGCCCAAUUCUUUUUUUUUUAUUCAAACAUAUUGGUGGGUUGAGCGCAUGAUUGAACUUUUACAAGUUAAAAAAUAAGGACCACCCUAACGCACACCCUUUCCCUUUGUAUGUGAUAAAACUUGGGGCCCCCGGCACUAUCUUGAGUCCCCCAGUUUGAGAACCACUGUAUAGCGUACUGUAUGUUAAAUGGACUGUUUAACAAAAGCAAUCUGCAUUGUUUGUAUGGUGAAAAUCAGUGUUUACAAUGACUAAGUGACUUGCUACAGUUUUUGAAA